UGCUGCGAGGAGCGGCGCCGCCAGUGCCCGGCCGGCGAGGAGGGCCGCGGGCCGCCGGGGCUCGGCUGCAGCAUGGCUCAGAGCAGAGGCGAGCAGAACCCCUUCGCCGAGGCCGGCGAGCUGGACAACCCCUUUCAGGAUCCGGCUGUGAUCCAUCACCGACCCAGCCAGCAGUAUGCCACUCUUGACGUCUACAACCCUUUUGAGAACCGGGAGCCUUCUCAAGCCUAUGAGCCUCCUGCCCCGGCCCCUGCACAAUUGCCUCCACCCUCCGCUCCUUCCUUGAAUUCCUCAAGAAAGCUCAGCCCAACAGAACCCAAGAACUAUGGCUCCUACAACACUCAGGCCUCGGCUGCAGCUGCCACGGCCGAUCUGCUGAAGAAACAGGAGGCGCUCAACCGAAAGGCCGAGGAGUUGGAUCGCCGGGAGCGAGAACUGCAGAAUGUUGCCCUGGGCGGUGCCUCCAGUCGGCAGAACAAUUGGCCCCCUCUGCCUUCUUUUUGCCCCGUUCAGCCCUGCUUUUUCCAGGACAUCUCCAUGGACAUCCCCCAGGAAUUUCAGAAGACAGUGUCCACCAUGUACUACCUCUGGAUGUGCAGCACUCUGGCCCUUUUCCUGAACUUCCUCGCCUGCCUGGCCAGCUUCUGUGUGGAGACCAGAAACGGCUCGGGCUUUGGGCUGUCUCUGCUCUGGGUCCUCCUUUUCACUCCCUGCUCGUUCGUCUGCUGGUAUCGCCCCAUGUACAAGGCUUUCCGGAGUGACAGUUCAUUCAACUUCUUCGUGUUCUUCUUCAUUUUCUUCGUUCAGGAUGUGUUCUUUGUCCUCCAGGCCAUUGGCAUCCCGGGCUGGGGGUUCAGCGGCUGGAUCUCUGCCAUCGUGGUGGUGAGGAUCAACGCGGCCGUGGCCGUGCUCAUGCUGCUGGUUGCCCUGCUCUUCACUGGCAUCGCCGUGCUGGGGAUUGUGAUGCUGAAACGGAUCCACUCCCUGUACCGACGCACGGGUGCCAGCUUUCAGAAGGCCCAGCAAGAGUUUGCUGCCGGGGUCUUCUCCAACCCCGCAGUCCGAACUGCUGCUGCCAACGCAGCUGCUGGGGCCGCCGAGAAUGCCUUCAGGGCCCCAUGACCCCCACUGGGAUGCCCUGGCACUGCCACCCGAAGGAGGUGGCAUAGUCCCCAUCCCUGAGCUUUCGUGGACAUGGGGAGAUACCAUUGAUGGCUUCUUUAUAUGGCUCCUAAUUUUACAUCUAGGACUGCUGAACCAGGCUUGGACAUCGGGGAGGCCACUUGUGACCCAGUCAUUGUUGGCUGUCUUCCCCCAUCAGGCCGCACCGCUGCCACCUCACACACACACGCCCCAACCUAGCUUCCCUCAACUGUGCCAAGGCUGUCGCUUCAGUUAUUUAAAUAAAAAAUAAAAUAAGAGAAAAAAAGUGUAAUUGGAA